AUGCCCAAGUAUGCUAGGUUCCUUAAAGAUAUGUUUUGUAGGAAGAAGUGCCUAACUGAAUAUGCAACUGUGGCACUAACCAAGGAGACUAGUAAUAUCAUCAACACACAAAGUCCCCUUAAGUAUAAAGAUCUUGGUUCUUUUUCUAUUCCAUACUCGAUUGGUGAGAAUUUUGAAAGUCGCGCAUUAUGUGAUUUAGGAUCUGUUGUGAACCUUAUGCCCUUAUCUACUUUCAAGAAGCUUUAUCUAGGGGAGGCCAAUUCUACAGCCGUUACACUUCAAUUAGCUGAUAGAAGUCUUUCUCAUCCAUAUGGCAUUAUUGAGGAUGUACUUGUCAGAGUUGGAGCAUUUAUUUAUCUUGUUGAUUUCAUAAUUCUUGAUAUGGAAGAGGAUAAAGAGAUUCCAUUAAUUUUUGGAAGACCAUUCAUGGCCACAUCUAGAGCAUUGGUAGAUGUAGAAAAGAGCACAAUAGCUUUACGGCUUGGUGAUGAGCAAAUUACCUUUAGUAUGGACAAAGCAACAAAGUAUUCAAAUGGAAAGAAUCCAUGUGCAAAGGUUUCUAUAACAAAUGAGGUCAAUCAUAAUGACCCAAAUCUUUUUGCCAAUAGAAUGAAGCUUGGGUUUUGUUUUCCCCUUGCUUCUUGUAUAUUGAGUGCCAAUUUUCAUACUGAAAAAUAG